UCCCCUAAAUUUUAUAUCACAUGAUACACAUUAAAUGAGUACAACAUAUGUUAAGCACUGAAAAUAUUUUGUACUAUGUUUUUCGAUUUUACAGAGGUAAUAUUAAUAAUUAUUUUGGCAGCGAUUUUAAAAGGUUGGUGGAACCGUUAGUACGACGGCGUUUAACAAACCCCAUCACACGCAAUCAGGCAUGCUAUCAUUUAGAAAAAUCCGGGGGGCAAUCUGUUUGGUUAUGGUUCGAAGCAUAUCACGCUCCAAAUUAAUGGGCUUGGAGCUUCCAACCAUAGCUUUCUUCCGCGCAUAGAUACACACACUAAAGUAUGUAUAUGUAGGUGUUUUUAUAGUCGGCAACAGACUUUCUGUACUUCUCAGUAUACCAUUGAUUAUUGCUUUGACGCGAAGACUAUUUGCAUUCAAUACAAUACAAUGAUACAUGCAUCUAUUUGAUUGAUUACCGUGAACUGCGUGAAGUGUUGUAAUUGAGUUUUCUGAUUAUUGAAACCCUAAUUAUUCGUUGGGGGAAGUGGGGGAAUUAGACUUCUCUAAUGGCAGACCUAAAAGAGCGUCUCCUCCCACCAAAACCUGCAUCAGCCAUAAACCUCAGAGAUGCAUCAUACAGGCCAUCUGCAUCAGGUCGCCAGCCUUUUCAAGGGGUAGAUGUUUUAGGCCUAAAAAAACGUGGUCAAGGUCUUCGUUCAUGGAUCCGUGUUGAUGCUGCAACUGGUGAUUCCCAAGUCAUUGAAGUUGACAAGUUCACAAUAAUGAGACGUUGUGAUCUUCCUGCACGUGAUCUUCGCUUACUCGAUCCAUUAUUUGUCUACCCUUCAACGAUUCUUGGAAGAGAGAAGGCUAUAGUUGUAAAUUUGGAACAGAUUCGUUGCAUUAUAACAGCAGAUGAAGUUCUACUUUUGAAUUCUCUUGAUAGCUACGUGUUACAAUAUGUGGUGGAAUUACAAAGACGAUUAAAAGCUGCAGGGGGUGGUGAGGUUUGGCAAUCAGAAGGGGCAGAGUUGAACAGACGUAUGGGAAAUUCAAAUAGAUCUUUAGGGGACAUGUUUGGUAACACUUCACCUGACUAUUUGCCCUUUGAGUUUAGGGCUCUAGAAGUUGCUCUUGAGGCUGCUUGUACUUUUUUGGAUACACAGGCAGCAGAAUUAGAAAUUGAAGCUUAUCCAUUGCUAGAUGAACUUACAUCAAAGAUUAGCACUUUAAACUUGGAACGUGUUCGUAGACUGAAAAGCAGACUUGUUGCAUUGACUCGAAGGGUCCAGAAGGUAAGAGAUGAAAUAGAGCAGCUAAUGGAUGAUGAUGGGGAUAUGGCUGAGAUGUACCUAACUGAGAAGAAAAGGCGAAUGGAUUCAUUAUUCAGUGUUGGAGAUCAGUCUGUGAUUGGAUACAGGUCAAAUGAUGGGACCCAAUCCAUCUCUGCUCCAGUUUCUCCUGUUUCUUCACCUCCAGAAAGUCGAAGACUUGAAAAAACUGUUAGCCUUGCAAGAAGCCUUGCAAGGAGUAGUAUGAGGAGUUCAGAAAGUGGCACUGAGAACAUUGAGGAAUUGGAGAUGCUUCUAGAAGCUUAUUUUGUCGUCAUUGAUAGCAGUCUCAAUAAGUUGACAUCGCUGAAGGAAUACAUUGAUGACACCGAAGACUUCAUCAACAUCCAACUGGAUAAUGUGCGGAACCAGCUGAUACAGUUUGAGCUGUUGUUGACGACUGCAACGUUUGUUGUGGCAAUCUUUGGGGUGGUGGCGGGGAUAUUUGGGAUGAAUUUUAUGAUUCCAUUGUUUGAUAACCCAUCCGCGUUUACAUGGGUAUUGGUGAUUACAGGGGUAACUGGAAUCAUCAUAUUUUGCUCUUUUUUAUGGUUUUUCAGAAAACACACUUAA